AGGACACCACAUAACCAGCUAAUUAUCCAAUCCUCAAACACCUUGCCCCUUUCUCUCUCUCUCUCUCUCUGUUCUUUUAUUGGCUGUGCCCUAUAUUGAUUUCUCAUGGCAAGAAUGUCUGAUCCACUCGUGGUUGGUCGAGUGAUUGGGGAUGUGAUCGACUGUUUUGCAACGAGUGUCAAAAUGACAGUCACUUACAACUCCAACAAGCAUGUGUUCAAUGGCCAUGAGCUCUUCCCUUCCGCUGUUACCACUAAGCCUAGGGUUGAGGUUCAUGGUGGUGACAUGAGGUCCUUCUUCACACUGGUUAUGACAGACCCAGAUGUUCCUGGUCCUAGUGAUCCAUAUCUAAGGGAGCACUUGCACUGGAUGGUUACGGACAUCCCGGGUACAACAGAUGCCACAUUUGGAAAGGAGGUGGUGGAGUACGAGAUGCCGAGGCCCAACAUAGGAAUCCACAGGUUCGUCUUCAUCCUGUUCAAGCAGAAGAAGAGGGACAUGGUGAGAGGCCCUUCGUCGAGAGACCGCUUCAACACCCGACAAUUUGUGGAAGACAAUGAGCUCGGUCUUCCCGUCGCAGCGGUCUACUUCAACGCUCAGAGAGAAACAGCAGCCAGAAGACGUUGAAAGACAGACAACCACAACAAUAAGGACAGUGAAACUGUGUGUGCAAGAUGGAUGGACGUUCAUGCAUGUGGAUGGAACCCUAGUUUAUUAUGAUGUGAUAUAGCUUAAGAGAAAGCUUUCUAUAACGCGUAACGUGUGUCAAGAAGACUGCUGGUGGUCAGAAUAAAGAUAUCAAUGUCACGGUGAGUGUGGAUUCCGAAAUGGACUCCGAUGUAACGCUAUAGUGUGUGUUUCGUCUUGUAUUUUACGUCUUGCAAUAAUAACAAGUUAGGAUGCAAAAUGUUUGCCAGGCAAGAUGACCCAAAAAGCAAUCGUUUGCUUUAAUAGAUGAAUCGGCAUCAUUCCAG